GACACAUUGGAUACUUAGUUAAAUAGAACAUUGUUUAUUUUUAAAGGACUGAAAAAAAUAUCAAACUCUCCAUGGCAAGUGAAAUCUUCAUAGUAGCAGAAAUGGAAAACCUGAAGGAUGUGGCUUAUUUUCUGUUUGGAUGAUGCAGAAUUGCUCUAAGCAGUAAGCUUACUGUUUUCAGACAGCAUUAGCAGCAUCAGCAAAUACAACUGUGUCAGUCUCUCUUAGUACGGGGUGUUUGUAACUGCAUAGGGGAGACGAUAAACAGUAUAUGAGAUCUGAUAUCUUGAUAAUGGCUUAAACAGAUACUGAUGGACAGAUCUACUGUUUGAUAUUUUCUUCACUAACCCUGAAGAUGCUAUGCUGAGAGAUAGAGAUGGCUGUGAUUAUCUUUUUUUAAGACAGGAAAUGCAAUCUUUAGGGGUUCCUGGAAAUAGAAAGGUCAUGCAGUCUGGAACGUGUGAGCCUUUUCAAUCUCUAAGUCAUCAGAGAAAUGAUGAAGAGGCAGUUGUGGAUAGAGGUGGAACUCGUUCUAUUCUCAAAACACACUUUGAGAAAGAAGACUUAGAAGGUCAUCGAACACUCUUUAUUGGAGUUCAUGUGCCCCUGGGAGGAAGAAAAAGCCAUCGACGUCACAGGCAUCGUGGGCACAAACACCGGAAGAGAGACAGAGAGAGAGAUUCGGGGUUAGAAGAUGGAAGGGAGUCACCUUCUUUUGACACCCCAUCACAGAGGGUACAGUUUAUUCUUGGAACUGAGGAUGAUGACGAGGAACACAUUCCUCAUGACCUUUUCACAGAACUGGAUGAGAUUUGCUGGCGUGAAGGUGAGGAUGCUGAGUGGCGAGAAACAGCCAGAUGGUUGAAGUUUGAAGAAGAUGUGGAAGACGGAGGAGAAAGGUGGAGCAAGCCUUACGUGGCUACUCUUUCAUUGCACAGCUUGUUUGAGUUGAGAAGUUGCAUUCUGAAUGGGACUGUGUUGCUGGACAUGCAUGCUAAUACUUUAGAAGAAAUCGCAGAUAUGGUCCUUGACCAACAAGUGAGCUCAGGUCAGCUGAAUGAAGAUGUACGCCACAGGGUCCAUGAGGCACUGAUGAAACAGCAUCACCACCAGAAUCAGAAAAAACUCACCAACAGGAUUCCCAUUGUUCGUUCCUUUGCUGAUAUUGGCAAGAAACAAUCAGAACCAAACUCCAUGGACAAAAAUGCAGGUCAGGUUGUUUCUCCUCAGUCUGCCCCAGCCUGUGUUGAAAAUAAAAAUGAUGUUAGCAGAGAAAACAGCACUGUUGACUUCAGCAAGGGACUGGGAGGCCAACAAAAGGGGCAUACUAGUCCAUGUGGGAUGAAACAAAGGCAUGAAAAAGGACCUCCACACCAGCAAGAGAGAGAGGUUGAUCUGCAUUUUAUGAAAAAGAUUCCUCCAGGUGCUGAAGCAUCAAACAUCCUAGUUGGAGAACUGGAGUUCUUAGAUCGAACUGUAGUUGCGUUUGUCAGGUUGUCUCCAGCUGUAUUGCUUCAAGGACUGGCUGAAGUCCCAAUCCCAACCAGAUUUUUGUUCAUUCUUCUGGGACCCCUGGGAAAGGGUCAACAGUACCAUGAGAUUGGCAGAUCAAUUGCAACCCUAAUGACAGAUGAGGUAUUUCAUGACGUUGCUUACAAAGCUAAAGAUCGUAAUGACUUGGUAUCAGGGAUUGAUGAAUUUCUGGAUCAGGUUACUGUUCUCCCUCCUGGAGAAUGGGAUCCAAGCAUUCGAAUAGAGCCUCCCAAAAAUGUUCCUUCCCAGGAGAAGAGGAAGAUUCCUGCUGUGCCAAAUGGAACAGCAGCCCAUGGGGAAGCUGAGCCCCACGGAGGACACAGUGGACCUGAACUCCAGCGAACCGGAAGGAUUUUUGGGGGACUUAUUUUAGAUAUCAAAAGAAAAGCUCCAUACUUCUGGAGUGACUUCACAGAUGCUUUCAGCCUGCAGUGCUUAGCAUCUUUUCUAUUUCUCUACUGCGCGUGUAUGUCUCCUGUCAUCACAUUUGGAGGACUGCUGGGAGAAGCAACUGAAGGGCGUAUAAGUGCAAUCGAAUCUCUCUUUGGAGCAUCCAUGACUGGGAUAGCCUAUUCUCUCUUUGGUGGACAGCCUCUUACCAUAUUAGGCAGUACAGGACCAGUUUUGGUGUUUGAAAAGAUUUUGUUUAAAUUUUGCAAAGAAUAUGGGCUGUCAUACCUAUCUUUAAGAGCUAGUAUUGGACUUUGGACUGCCACCCUAUGUAUCAUACUUGUGGCCACUGAUGCAAGUUCUCUUGUCUGCUAUAUCACCCGGUUUACUGAAGAAGCUUUUGCUUCUCUAAUUUGCAUCAUUUUCAUUUAUGAAGCCCUGGAGAAGUUGUUUGAGCUCAGUGAAUCAUAUCCAAUCAACAUGCAUAAUGAUUUGGAACUGCUGACACAAUACUCGUGUAACUGUGUGGAACCACAUAAUCCCAGCAAUGACACAUUGAAGGAAUGGAAGGAGUCCAAUAUUUCUGCCUCUGACAUAAUUUGGGAGAACCUAACUGUGUCAGAAUGCAAGUCACUGCAUGGAGAGUACGCUGGACGAGCCUGUGGCCAUGAUCAUCCAUAUGUUCCAGAUGUUCUAUUUUGGUCGGUGAUUCUGUUCUUUUCCACAGUUACUCUGUCAGCCACCCUGAAGCAGUUCAAGACUAGCCGAUAUUUUCCAACCAAGGUUCGAUCUAUAGUGAGUGACUUUGCUGUCUUUCUUACAAUUCUGUGUAUGGUUUUAAUUGACUAUGCCAUUGGGAUCCCAUCUCCAAAACUACAAGUACCAAGUGUUUUCAAGCCCACCAGAGAUGAUCGUGGCUGGUUUGUUACACCUUUAGGUCCAAAUCCCUGGUGGACAGUAAUAGCUGCUAUUAUUCCAGCUUUGCUUUGUACUAUUCUAAUUUUUAUGGACCAACAGAUUACAGCUGUCAUCAUCAAUAGAAAAGAGCAUAAGCUAAAGAAAGGUUGUGGGUACCAUCUGGAUCUAUUAAUGGUGGCUGUCAUGCUCGGUGUGUGUUCCAUCAUGGGCCUGCCAUGGUUUGUGGCUGCCACGGUCCUCUCCAUCACUCAUGUCAACAGCCUAAAACUGGAAUCCGAAUGCUCAGCUCCAGGAGAACAACCCAAAUUUCUCGGCAUUCGGGAGCAAAGGGUUACAGGGCUUAUGAUUUUUAUUCUUAUGGGUUCAUCAGUGUUUAUGACCAGUAUUUUGAAGUUUAUUCCCAUGCCAGUGCUAUAUGGAGUGUUUCUUUAUAUGGGUGCUUCAUCUCUAAAGGGAAUUCAGCUCUUUGAUAGAAUAAAGCUCUUCUGGAUGCCUGCAAAACAUCAACCAGACUUUAUAUAUCUAAGGCAUGUACCACUCCGAAAAGUCCAUCUCUUCACAGUUAUUCAGAUGAGUUGCCUUGGCCUUUUGUGGAUAAUAAAAGUUUCAAGAGCUGCUAUUGUCUUUCCCAUGAUGGUGUUAGCCCUGGUAUUUGUAAGAAAGUUGAUGGACUUGUUGUUUACCAAACGGGAACUCAGCUGGUUGGAUGACUUAAUGCCUGAGAGUAAGAAAAAGAAACUAGAAGAUGCUGAAAAAGAAGAAGAACAAAGUAUGCUAGCUAUGGAAGAUGAGGGCACAGUACAACUCCCACUGGAAGGGCACUACAGAGAUGAUCCAUCUGUGAUCAAUAUUUCUGAUGAAAUGUCAAAGACUGCCUUGUGGAGGAACCUUCUGAUUACUGCCGAUAACUCAAAAGAUAAGGAGUCAAGCUUUCCUUCUAAAAGCUCCCCUUCCUAAUCACUCUAGAAGCUGAUUCCCCAAAGCACUGAAAGCCGAAAAGAGAAGAAAGCUGACUCAGGGAAAGGUGUUGACAGGGAGACUUGUCUAUGACUUGAUCUUCAAUUUAUUUUUUACAUAUAUGAGAAGAGUGUCACAAUUAUUAAUAAAAAUGCUUUGAUCAUGUAUUGUAAAUUCUGUCUCUCAUCCCAAAUUCACCUUCAUACUGUAAGUAGUGCAAUACUUGUUUCAUUUAUGUGUUUAAACAACUGAGCAGUGAGACACCCUUGUGAGCAGAAACAGUAGGUAAUGCAAGAAUCUAUGUGUUCCUUGCUGUAUGUUAGACAUUUGUAAAUACUGGAUUCUCAUUGUCAGUUUUACGAGAGCAAUAGCUUCCUUAAAGAAAUAAGUCAUAUUUACCAAGUUUGUAUUUUCCUACUUUAGUGACCUGAAGAUGCCUAAUAAUUUCAUUCAGAAGAAUUUUGAAAGGUAGUCUUACUUCUUUUUAUUUUUUGUAGGUUAGCAUUAGUGACUUAUUUCAAAAGACCCAAAUCAAAAAGUUAGUUUGAAAGCAUUUUUAAUAAUUGUAUUUAUGCAUUUCCUUGAUUUAAUAUGAUACAUUUAAUACUUAAUAAUUUAUAUGUAACUGAAACUUAAAGUCAUUUGAAAAAAUAUAUAGAAACCUGUUCACAACUUGUUAAAAAGAAUCAGAUAUAAUGCAAAGGAGUCAAGUAGUAUUUGCUUAAAAUGCAAGUUGUGACUACAUGAUUAAAUACUAGGCUUGUAUGAAAUGCUUUAGGAAAACUUUGUAACAGUUUUGUGAGAUUUUCAAUAUAAACCUUUAUCAGAAAUGUGCUGUUAAGUUUCUUUCCCAUUGAAAACAGAUGUUUUCCAAAUAAACCUAUUAUAUACAUACACAUGGAAUAUCACAUGUGAAUCAUUGUACAUGAAAUUCCACUCCUGUACAGUUAUCUGCUGCUAGUGGUCAUGCACUGCUUAAUGCUGGUCCUGAAUCACGUUCUAAUGUUAGACCAAUAGGUCUCCAAUUGUAAUUUUUUUUUCUGCAAAGUUUUUUCCACUUUUUACUUAAUGCAUGUUGUGGAAAACAGUCUUUUAAAUGAAAAUUUUAGACUUUGUUUGAGAAGAUUCUGUAUAUAUUUCAGUCCAAAUGGAAUAAUCCAUCUUUACCAAGCUUAUACAAGAGGAAGGAAAGUUAAGAAGUUUUUGAGUAUUACUAAAAUUCAAUUUCAUUCCAUUUUAGAUGAAUAUAAACUUGAUAAAGACUAAAUCUCAUAGUGCUCUUGGUUCCUAAGUAUGAUGAAUGAUGAUCAACUUUAUAAUACUUCAAUUUUCAAGUUUACAAUAAUUUAGAGCCUUGUGGCUUUUUCAAACUAUCAGUUAUGUACUCUAUAAGUACACAUGAAAAGUGAAAAAAAAGUUCCUCUUGUGAUUAAGCUAAUGAGGGCAAAAAAUCAACAAAGCCUCCAUUGAGUUCAACAUUUUGAUACAUUUUACAAAUUACCCUCACAAUCCUUUAAAGUCUUUUUUUUUUCCUUGUGGAACGUGAGCUUGAAAAUUAUGGGAAGAAGAAUUUGCAGUUAAUAAAGUUUGUAUUUAUAAAUGCUGAAGAAAAAUACAGAAACUUCCUGUUUCAGAUGUGUCACCUUUGUGUAUUUUAUAAUAGAGAUACUAUAUUGUAAACAUUUCCAUUGUUUUAUGAUUUAGCCAGUCAGUCCCAGAAGCAGCCUCUUAGUGUUUUAAUAUAUUAAUGACAGUUCUGUUAAAAUGAUCAUAGUGAGUUACAAACCUUCACAUGAUCUCCUAUUUGAAUAAGCAAUCAUAUCCACUGAAAUUCUGUAUUUCUGAGUAUUUUUAUAGUCAUUUUGUUCUUGUGUGAAUUUUAAUGCUAUCUCUAUGUUAACCUAAUAUUUUGAAAUCAUAAAAAAAUAUAAGAAAAAUGUAGUGUUAUAUAUUUACUCCUAAUUUCAGAUUUCUGGUCAAAAUUACUGAAUAUCUUGAAUGUAAUUUAGUGCAAAGUUUAAGUAAUGUGUAAAUGUGACUAGGAUAUUGUGUUUUUCACAACUAAGAAAUGUUAUGUGGAAAUAAAUAUUUAUCCUAACUAAUUUCCUUGUACAUU